GGGAGGCGGUGGGGAGUCCUUCUCCCCGCUCUCGGUACUUGCAGGCGCGGUCUCCCUACUCUGGGGGAAAGAAGGAAACAAAAUGUCUGCCAGGGCCGCGUCCGGCAAGGUAAGGCUCAGCGAAGCGCUCCCCGCUCUAAUCCCCGGCGCGGUGCGGUACGAGUGCGGUGCGGGCGGCCCCACCGUCUCCUCCUUACGGCCGCUCCCCGCGCGGGAGCCGCGUCCCGGAGGCUGUAAGGCUGCGUCCGGCUGCCCCGAGGUGCGGGCAGCCCGGCCGGGGCGGGGAGCUGAGGCGGGACGGGGCCUCGCCGGGCGCUCAGCGCAGCCCCGCGUCCCGGCCGGGCCGAGCGAGCGCGGGGACGGCUCGGAGCCCCCUCCCAGCCGGGGCCGCUCCCCACCUGUUGGACGGACGGCGGUGGGACGGCCCCGCGCUGAGGUGGGCCGGGCCCCGCGGAGGGGCCUCGCGCGGGCGGGGCAGAGUCGCCGGGAAAGGCCGUGUCCCUUUGUUGGGGGCGGGCGGCACGGGGAGCAGCUGGGGACGGCUUAACCGGGAGAGGCCGGUAGCGCAGGAUUCUUCGUCCCGCUGAAUCGGGCGGGGGCCGCUGACGCGCGGCACACGCGGGCGGCGAGCGGCCCGGCCCGGGUGGCCGCACCUGGCGGUGCCGGUACAGGUGCACGGGCGGGUGCCGCCCGCCUCUGCCGUGAGUAACGCUGCGCGGCCCCGAGGGCAGGGACGGAACGGCGCCCAACAGGUUGCUGCCGCUCCGCCCGCGAUUACAGGGCGCUCAGAAACAGGUUCGGGUUUGAAUUCGGAGCUGCCGUUCGGCUGCGACUCCCGAGCGGCUGCCGUGGCUUCGGCGUGACGAGUUCCAACCGCGCGCGUGCCGCCGCCGCCGCUCCCGGUGCGGCGAUGUUUGCUCUCGGUGAAACUCCGCGGUUUCGGUCUGAUGUCACCUGCUGGAACGCGCCCGGCAGCGACCUGCGGCGAGGCGCGGCCGGCCCCGCUGCGGCCUUAGGGCUGGGAGCGCCCCGCUGCCCCGAGCGGCCGGCCGGGCUGCGGCCCCUCGGGAUGACCCCGGCACCCACCGCUGGGCGGGCGUCGAGGCUGAAGCGCCCGUGUGGGCUUACUCGGUUGCAUACCGGUUUCUGAGUAUGCAUCAGAGAUUUCUUACUACAUAUUAACCGAUGUGUACACAGAAAUAUCAGCUAUAAACGUAUGCAGUUGGCAAAGGAAUUUAUUCAGCGUUACAUUUCAAACUGGUGGUGUCACAUACCUGCGUGGACAGGUAGAGCGUACUUUUACCUUGUUUAUAUAUGUUUCUGUUAAUAGAAAGCAUGGCAGUGAAGGUAAGCGUUGUUUGUCCCUAAAACUAGUAAGCUUGUGUUGGAAUUGUGCUGCGUGAGGAGCUGUGGGGAACUGCAUUGGCUUAAAUGUUGGACACUGUGCUCUCACGUAAAACUGGUGUGCUGAGUUUCCACCUGUAGGACAAAAUUUUCUCUUGAAAUAUAGCUAGCUUCCGUGCUUGUGGAAGAAUAAUGUCCCCCGUGUGUGUGCACUGUCUUAGGAAGCUAAAAACAAAAGAAACUCCAAACACUCCAAACUUUUAAAGUAUGCAGGCGUUACCUCUUUUAUUUUUGGACUGGUGUGCAUGCAUGCUGGAGUAAAACUGAGCAUUGCCUCUUCCUUUAGCAGUCACCUGACGCUUCUUUCAGGUCUUUGGCAUUAAAUUGGCACUGUGAGCACGUGUGCGUGUUUACGAUAGGAGCUGAACUAAUUACGCUGAAACUUAUCUUAAUUUAAGAGUGUUGCAAAAUAGUCUGCUUCUGGUGUAACUCUUCAGUGGUCUGUUUUCAGACCUUUUUUUUGUCAAGUAAGAUCUUGCAGCCUGUAAUCAUCUCCUGUUGAAGUUAUUGCCUGUCUUCUUGCUCCUAAUUUGUCACAUAACAUCGUCCAAGACUUGACUCUUAUGUAUACAGUUCACGUGAAUUUCCUUGUCAAAAUUUCCUGUCAGUAUGUGGGCAGUGUAAUUCUAUCUCAGCUAAUAAUUCCUGGGCUACUGGUUAUAGCUCUAAUAGUUACGGAGAAGAUGAGGGAGAGAGGAUAAAUAUUUCAGAAAUACGAGAAUAUUGGAGGGCUCCUGUGUUAAGUUUCAGGUCUUGUUUCCUUCAGCCACCCCUCCGGGCGCAGUAUCCAGUUUCUCAUUUUGAGGGGUGUAGUGCAUUAAAACGCAGGGUGUGAAUGUUUAUCUCUUAACAGAAGUUUUCCUUAGCAUACUUGCUGGCUUCUGAGGGUUUGUGUCCAUGCCCACAUCUGUGUCCAUGCUCGUGUUUAUCUUGGCACACUUGACCAGAAGAGAACUAAAACAAUUUUUUUAUUAGCUCAAUAAUUCUUGAUUUGUGCAUGUGGGAAUCUUGGCUGGCAUUGCUGUGUUACACCCCGUUAUCAGCAGUUCCUGCUGCCUUCUGCUCCCGCUCGCUUUUGGUUGCUUGACUUUUUCACAGCUAUGCUGUGAAAGAAUGUGCUUUAUGAAGGUUUUCAGUGUUUGCUGUAGCUGUUGGUAGCGUACAAUGCAAAAUGGUGGGAGAAAUGAAAUCUUGCUUGCAGCCUAAUCUAGUGGUGGCUGUGAUUGUGAAACACUGGGGGCCUAAUCUCUUUUAAUGUAGUCUUGAACAAUACUAAUGGAUGCUGUGGGAAUGACUGUGUCAGGGUAUUAGUAAUGAGAUGUAAAGCUCUCCACCUUUAAGCUGAGGGUCCAUAUGCAGUCUGCACUGGGUUUUAAAAAAGAAGGAAAAAGUUCCUUAGUAGUAAAUGCAAGGAGAAGAAUUUUUGAUUCUUUGACCUCUUUUGUAUUUUGAACCUGAGUUCUUGACUUCAUUCUAGUUUUAAAUGUAUGCGCAGAGAAUAUUUCCCUUCCCUUCACCUCAGUCCUGUAAUUAAUUGGAUUUUUGUUCUAGCUGCCUCUCCAGCUCCAGGCAAGUAUCUGUUACUGCCUCAACGAGAAGUAGAGAAUUGGGUCACAGUAACAGUUCAAUACUCGCAGAUUGCUGGGACUCCUUGGUUCCUCUUAUGGCUUUCACAAGAGAUUCACAUUGAGAUUCUUCAAGCGUAACAAUAAAGAAAUGUAGAAAACACAUGAAGUACUAGAAAUAAGCUGAGUUAAUUUAACAUCAGAAAUUACCUUCUACUUGCUGAAAACAAUCCUGUAACGUUUAAUUUUGAUAUUGUUCUCUAGGUUGUGCUUGGACAAAAACUUGAAUUCAUGCAGUUGUGGUGAUGGGCAACUGCAGCUGUUGAAUGGUAGUUGAGGUGCUUUUUUCCAGUAUCAGCUGCAUGAGAGGAGCUCAGAGCUCUACAGUCUGUACGUUGUUGUGAAGUAUGUAUGGAGUUUGCUUCUAGUUCAAUGCACAGGACAAAGUUUAAUGUAAACAGAGAUUGAGAUCUGACUGUGCCUGGGAGCUGAUUUUUAUCUUUAUAGGAUGGAAAAUCAGUCAAACCUUAUCAGUGAGCAGCUAACUAAUCCUUGCUUUGAGGAAGACAACUAGAAAUGGGUUGUUGUGCUCCAUAGGUAUUUUAAGGCACGUAUUGCGCUGUUGCGUACUGUGAGAAUAGAUACAGGGCUCAUGCCCUUGUGAAAAAAGGCUCAUCCAAAACCAGCUUCUUUCAGUCAGUGGUGUUCAGAGAAAGCACCCGACUGCCUACUAUGCUGCUGGCCAUAUCAAUCAGCUGGCAGUGUGGAGUAGGAUCUUCUGUUUUGUUCUCCUGUGCUCUAGAACUGAAAGGAGAGGUGAUGUGUGGUGCACUGGGAGGUGUGCACUGAGAACAUCUGGUUGGUCACUGUGAGGGCUGCAAAGCUGUGUGUAUCUAAAUCUGAGAAGUUGUGGUCUCCAUGUUCAGUUUGUUAGCAGCAAGUCAAACUCCGGAUGUCUGUUUGAGUUAAUUGGUGGUAUUUGAAUCACAGGCUUUUUUUUACUUUAUAGGAUGUUUGAAAUUAUAUAAUCUGUACAGCAAGCUACCCUCUGGUUAAGAAAGACAUCAGUCAUUUGUAUCUCUUGAAUUUUUCCUGGUCAAAGUAUAAACGCAGCAAAAAUUAGUAUCAAGCUAUGUUCAAUGUUUUCUCAGGCAAAUAAUAUUGCUAAUGACUUCUUCAGUGAACGUACUGAUUAAGCAAAUAGCCACAGGGAAGUCUCAAAAUGAAUUCUGUGGUUCUGUGCGUUUAUGUAUGUUGAGUCCAAAAUGUCUUGAAAACAUUGUCUUUUCUUAUAAUUAUGCUAUUUUAGGGGCAUAUUGUUCAAAUAUGCGUUCUGUGUUCACAAACAUGGGGAUGUUCUUGCUUCAAGGAGUUGUGCUGAGAAAAUGAAGAAAGCAUUAAUUUGAAUGCUGGCAGAUCCAGUUUGAGUCUUGUGGAUCCAGCGGAGCAGUGAGCACUGCCAAGGUCAUAGGGGUAGAGACUUGGCUGGGGAAAAUGAUGUCUGCUUCUGUUAUCCAUAGGCUUUCCUUGCGUGGAAUACCAUUGGGGAACUGGUAGGCUACAAGGGAGUGUGCAGGACUGGGUACUUCACUCACACCUGCUAUUUGUAACUCUGUGGGAUCUUCAGUAACUCUUCAGAGUUGUUUCUAGCCUUCACCCAUUAAGUUUUUUUUUUUUAGUUUGUAUAUAUUUACAGGCAUUAAGCGCAAUGUAGGUGCUAAGAAAUUAAGUUGACAUUAUGUUUAAAAAGGUAUUGAUAUUCUCAAGGGUAUUUAGUAAUCUCUAACAGGAUUCUUGUUUCCUAAUCUGUUACAAACAGAUGUUUCUGCCCUUUUGUGGUGGGGGAGGGUAGCCUAAAUUCAGUAACAUGGUAGCAGUAGGAAGCAUUGCAGUAGGAGUUCACCUUCCUAUUAGAGGUAAGCAAGGCUGCUAUUACCCAUGUUGGCCUGGAUAAUUUGCUAUAUGUGUUUUCUUAGUUAGCUUUCCAUAGCAGAAAAGCAAUAACAGAGCUUGGUACUACUCAGUCUUGUUGUCCCUCCCACCAAACUAAACAUACUAAAUGCUGACUUGCUAAAAAUAGAAAUUAUGCAAAAGUAGGCAGCAGCUUCACUGAUUUGUAGUUUCUCUGUGUCCCUCUCCAUUACCAUCUCCAUCUCCAUUUAAGAUCUUUCUUAGAGGCUUCCUUGCAAAAUAUUUCCCUUCACCCUUCCUCAACCAGGCAGUAAUUAGUUUUCAACUCACAGUCCCGUGGGACUGCAUAGCCUGUUCUUGCCUGGUUUGAAUGGGGCCCAGUAGCAGUGUCUUUCCCUCUGCCCUACUAGGUCAGCAAUCAUUUAACAAAUGGUCCCAUUUCUUUACUUGCACUGAGUGGAAAUUAGUGUGCUCUACCACUCUGGAGAAGAUACGAUUGUCCAAAUUGCAUUUAAAAACACGUGAGGAUUUAAGUUCAUUUUCCACGUGAAUGUUCAUUUUUUCAGAAUGCAUAUAUGCACAGUGGGAUAACGACAGCCACAGUGGGAACUAAUACAAAAUUACUGUACUUCAAAUUAAUACUUGAUUUGGCCUUCUAGCAGGCUUUCUUUAUAAAUGAAUCUGUAGAAAAGGACUGCAAUAGAUGAGUUCCCUGUGGCAAAAUUGAAGUAAUUGUGCUAUGAAUAAAUACUGGAAACAUGAUUGUCUUUGGUCAUGCUGUGCAAGGGUAAGUUGUCUGUAGAAGAACGUAACAGUUCAGAUUACCGAAACUGCAGAGCUGAAGGCGAAGUAACUCUAAAAAAGGUGUUACUUGACAAUGUGUUAUCAAACAAUUAGUCACGUGUAAUUCAUAUGGGAUCAGAACACUACCUGGGGCUAAGUGUGCCAAGUAUUGUCUAUCUGAACAAUUUCCAAGGCUUGUAAUAAAUCUGUAAUUCAUGUUCAUUUUUGAUGACUGGCUUCCCCACAAUUAUAUCUGGGAGAAGGCCAGAUCAUGUUAACUCUGUCGGCAUGGGGUACUCCUUGAAAAUCUGCAUCUCACUUGACCCAGUGUUGUUCCUGUGUGUUAUUUGGAACAAUGUUGUUCUGAAUAACCCCAUGUUAAGGUAGUUUUCCUGGUGAAGCCUGUAAAUCUGGAUUCCUUGAAAUAGUAUUUCUAGUGGGUAUUAAGAUCUCGAAGCCAAGCUUGGAGGCAUGGCUUUCUGACAAAAGGACUUGUGUUUCCUUCAGAAUUGAAAUUGAGUUGUGGAAAGUGAUUGGCCAUCAUUUACAGGAUAAGCCCCUCUGUUAAUAGCACAGCUGUGUUGGAAAGGAAAUUCCUGGAGGGUUAUCUCAUGAGAGAACUAAGUGGGCUUCAUUUUGUUUGUUUUGUUUGACUCCUUUGAAUGAUGUGGAGUGGAUUAAUGCUCCCCAAACAGGGAGUAUUUGGCUAAAGGAAAUGGGAAAGGUCCGCUGUUUAUAAACAGCAUAGUAAUGACUUGAACCGAGAAUGAGUUCUAUCAGAAGUGAUGCGAUGCUGUAGAUGCAGUCUGUAGAAUGGCUGUGUAUGUUUCCUAGUUGUGCUAUUGUAGUUGUGUUGGUGGUCAUUAGAGGGUGGAUGUCCCCUAGAGCUGCUAAGGGAACAGCUGAGGUUCGGUUAGGGGAUCUAUCUGUAAAAGUACCUUGUCAGUAUCUAACUGAAAAUUUCAUGUGUCAUACACAUCUUGCACCCACUGACCCUCCGGUUCUGUUUCUUAUGUGGUAUGACUGAAAGAUAAGUAUUGCUUAACUGGAGCAUGAAAUACUGUCUUGUUGGGGGGCUGUUAGGAAGCUUCUUGCCUUCAUAUCAGAAUUCUCUAUUUAUCAGUUUUGUUUACACUAUGGUCAGCAGCAGAUCUUUGGCUGUCUGAAAAGAUGAUAUAUGCAGGGUUGCCUUGUGAAGUUAAUAACCAAGGAACUGUAUCAUUUCUGAAUUCUGCCUGCCACCAGGUUCUUCUGAUACAGUGUCUUGGCUGAGCAUUGUCUUUGCCAUUUGGUAUUUCAUAGACCUCUCUGAGACAGAAAGGCUUUUCACUCCUUUCUUGCCUCCGCCUUCCCCAGCGGUGAAAAUCUUAGCACAAAAGCUGAGGUGUCUGGGCUCUCCAAGCGGCUACUGUGAAACCUUGUGUUCUGUGACUAAGCCUUACUCACAGAAUUGUCUCAUCAAGACUGACUGAAUAGCUGUAUUUGAAGAUUGCAAUUAAAAAUCAAGAUGAUACAAUCAGACCCAACCUCUGAAAGAACCAUAAUAGGAAGUUAGGUGUGUUGCUGAAGUUGCAGCUGUAUUGUUUUUUGUAUCUGUAAUGCUAGCUCAUCUACUUAUUGCUGCUUUCUGUAAUAGAGCUGAUGGCAAUGAAUAGGGAAAAGAAAGAAAAUCAUAAUAAAUAUGAAUGUUAAAGCGAAUAAAGAAUAGUUUGAAGGACAAAGUUCUACAAAAUUCUAGACAGUAAGACUCCAGAGCAAACUGGAUGUACUUCAGAACCUACUCCAGCCACUUAAAAUGAAAAGUGUGCAAAAGUUCAGAUGAGAAAUGAUCCCUGACAUUGGCCUCCUGGGACUACAGUGAAGCCCACGAAGAGAGAAUAACACAUGCUGAAAUGCAUCUACUGCUUAUCCUUUCUUGUACUGUGUUUGGAAAUAAUGGGAAUAAUGACGCACGCUGGUUUGGAUGAUCCUCCUCAAUUAUAAUAUUUACCUGAAAAUAUUCUCAGAUAAGUGGGAAAGGGCAGUAUCUUGAGUAUGAUGAUGAUUUAUCAAGCUGCCUCCUCUCAAAUUCCUCUCUCUCUUUCUUUAAAUAUUGUGUAGACAGCCAACAAGGCAAGUGUAACCCAAAGUCAUUGGUUGUAUUGGUGUAACUGGUAGUUUAGGUAGGACCUGGAUGGGAUGCAGGUGAAUGAAGGGCUCACCUUUCUGAGAGUACUGUGUGUGCUGUUGCAGGGGCAGGAGGCAUUGAGCUCAGUGCUCACAGUUGUGCACGGGCUGAUACUUGAAUAUUAGUUCAAAAAGUGGUAACAAUUUCUGUGAAACUGUAGAAAAGACAUAUACUGGCACAUGGAAACUCCUGUUGUCUUUCUCCCCAGCACUUAAUGCUGAAGCAGUAAGUGGGGUGGUCAGAAGUCCUUGCUUUCACACUCUACCUUUCCCUUCCACAUGAGAGGGAGCACCACUGCAGGAGGCUCCCCCAAACCCUGUCUGAUAACAGCUGUGUUUGUAACCAAGUGUCAGGAAUGUGGCUUUCCUUUGCCCAUGUUUAUUUGCUUCCUCAAAUGUCUUUCCUGCCCUCCUGUUUCUGGGGAGGAGCCGACGUGUGGGUGUUACGUGUUGAGAAGAACUGCCAAUAGGAGUGGAAAAUGCCUGUGGAUCUUUACUAAACCCCUUUUCCUUCUACUUCUUGCCAGGUUAAUUCUUCACACGUGCUAGUCCCAGUUUCUCUGCUGAUAUGCUAUUCCCAGGAACUCGUUCUGUAUUUCAGGGUAUUGUUUGGUUAUGUUUGCCAUCUGAGAUACAAGAUGGAGUAAUACAUGCCUUGUUCUGAGUGAAAUCUCGUAAUUCUUGUCUGGUAAUCCUUGUCUGAUUGCCUGUCAGGAGGAAUUUCGGGGUGAAAGUUGAUGUAGACCAAAGUGUACAUUUCUGUCUUUCAAAAUGAAAGAAAUCUCUUUGCCUUUGAAGUUAUAUAAGUUAGAAAUGAUUCAUCUGAAAUAAAGCGGUGUAAACGUGGAAGGUUUUCUUACUUGUUGCAUUGUCCGCUAUCUGUAAAUGCCUCUUUAUCUCGGGAAGAGUGAACAAUGGUAAGAAGGCACCGCUGACAGUUGCUGAGGUCAUUGUUCCUUCAGAAUGGCCAGUGUUCUGGCUCCUGCUGUUCUUUCCCUCCCAGCGUUAUGAGGAUAUCUUCUAAAUGGUUGGGUUACUGCUCGUGUGAGCGCCAUCUUUGGCUGUACAUCCAGCUCUGUUGGCAUCAGGGUUGGUGUGUGAUGGGGACAGAAACGUGUGGUCAAGCAGCGAGUUGGAGCAGCUGGAAUCUCCUGCAGUGCUGCUGAGGCUUGUGAGGGAAAAAUCACUUUUCUGCAGAAUGUUCAGCAUUUUGUUCUGCUCACCUUAGAAAAGGAAAACAAAAAACCAAACCCACUAAACUGAGUUACUCAAGACAACACUGUAGACAGUGUCAGGAAAAAAAAAAGUGCAACAAUGGAAGAAACAGCUAUAUGGGAACAACACACGGUGACUCUUCACAGGGCUCCUGGAUUUGGGUUUGGUAUUGCAAUAUCUGGAGGAAGGGAUAAUCCUCACUUUCAAAGUGGUGAGACCUCAAUAGUUAUUUCUGAUGUGCUGAAAGGAGGCCCAGCAGAAGGACUGCUACAAGAAAAUGACCGUGUUGCAAUGGUUAAUGGAGUUUCAAUGGAUAAUGUUGAGCACGCAUUUGCUGUUCAGCAGCUGAGGAAAAGUGGGAAGAAUGCCAAAAUUACUAUCCGAAGGAUGAAGAAAAUUCAGAUUCCAGUAGCUCGACAGGAACCUGAGCCAGUGUCUGAAAAUGAGGACGAUAGCUAUGAUGAAGAGAUACGGGAUCCAAGGACCAGCCGUGGUGCUUCCAGUGCCAACAGAAGGCAUGAGAAGAGCUGGGUACGAGACCGAAGUGCAAGCAGAGAAAGAAGCUUAUCACCAAGAUCUGACAGAAGAUCAGUUACUUCCAGUCAGCCUGCAAAACCUACCAAAGUAACGUUGGUGAAAUCAAGGAAAAAUGAAGAGUAUGGUCUACGGUUGGCAAGCCACAUAUUUGUGAAAGAAAUAUCACAGGAUAGCCUUGCAGCAAGAGAUGGCAAUAUUCAGGAAGGGGAUGUUGUUCUGAAGAUAAAUGGCACAGUGACAGAAAAUAUGUCCUUAGCAGAUGCAAAAACGCUAAUAGAAAGGUCCAAAGGCAAGUUGAAGAUGGUGGUUCAGCGAGAUGAACGAGCUACGCUGUUGAAUGUCCCUGAUCUUUCUGACAGUAUUCAUUCUGCUAAUGCUUCGGAAAGAGAUGACAUCUCAGAAAUUCAGUCGCUGGCAUCAGAUCAUUCCAACCGAUCACAUGACAGGCCCCGCCGCAGUCGUUCACGAUCUCCUGACCAGAGGUCAGAGCCUUCAGACCAUUCCAGACAUUCUCCACAGCAGCCCAGCAACGGCAGUCUUCGAAGCAGAGAAGAUGAAAGGGUAACUAAACCAGGAGCCAUCUCUACACCUGUAAAGAAUGCAGAUGAUAUUUCUAAAACUAUGGAAGAGGUGUCAGUCGAAAGAACUGAAAAACAAACACCACCGCUCCCAGAACCAAAGCCAGUAUAUGCACAAGGAGGUCAGCCAGAUGUGGAUUUACCAGUCAGUCCGUCUGAUGGUCCUUUACCCAAUUCAACCCAUGAAGAUGGAAUGCUUCGGCCAAGCAUGAAACUGGUAAAAUUCAGAAAAGGAGAUAGUGUGGGCCUGCGGCUCGCUGGUGGCAAUGAUGUUGGCAUAUUUGUAGCUGGUGUUCUAGAGGACAGCCCUGCAGCGAAAGAAGGAUUAGAGGAAGGAGACCAAAUUCUCAGGGUUAAUAACGUAGACUUCACAAAUAUCAUCAGAGAAGAAGCUGUCCUUUUUUUGCUUGAUCUCCCUAAAGGCGAAGAAGUAACCAUUUUGGCACAGAAGAAGAAAGAUGUUUAUCGUCGCAUUGUUGAGUCUGAUGUAGGGGAUUCUUUCUAUAUCAGAACUCAUUUUGAAUAUGAAAAGGAAUCUCCUUAUGGACUAAGCUUCAACAAAGGUGAAGUGUUUCGGGUUGUGGACACGCUAUAUAAUGGCAAACUGGGUUCGUGGCUGGCAAUUCGAAUUGGCAAGAAUCAUAAGGAAGUUGAAAGAGGUAUCAUACCUAACAAAAACAGAGCUGAACAACUAGCUAGUGUACAGUACACGCUUCCAAAGACAGCAGGAGGAGAUCGAGCGGAUUUCUGGAGAUUCCGAGGUUUGCGUAGCUCAAAAAGAAAUCUCCGAAAAAGUAGAGAAGAUCUUUCUGCUCAGCCUGUUCAGACAAAGUUCCCUGCCUAUGAAAGAGUUGUUCUUCGGGAAGCUGGGUUUCUCAGACCUGUGACCAUUUUUGGUCCAAUAGCUGAUGUUGCACGAGAGAAACUAGCCAGAGAAGAACCAGAUAUCUUUCAAAUUGCAAAAAGUGAACCGAGAGAUGCUGGUACUGACCAACGUAGUUCUGGCAUUAUUCGUCUUCAUACGAUAAAACAGAUAAUUGAUAGAGACAAACACGCUUUAUUAGAUGUCACUCCUAAUGCAGUGGACCGUCUGAAUUAUGCACAGUGGUAUCCUAUUGUAGUGUUUCUGAACCCUGAUUCUAAGCAGGGUGUGAAGACCAUGAGAAUGAGGCUGUGCCCAGAAUCACGAAAAAGUGCCAGGAAGCUAUAUGAAAGAGCUCACAAGCUACGCAAAAAUAAUCACCACCUCUUUACAACUACCAUUAACUUGAAUUCAAUGAAUGAAGGAUGGUAUGGAGCUCUAAAAGAAGCAAUUCAGCAACAACAAAACCAACUGGUGUGGGUUUCUGAAGGAAAGGCAGAUGGUGCUACAAGUGAUGACCUUGAUUUACAUGAUGACCGCCUGUCUUACCUCUCAGCUCCUGGUAGUGAAUAUUCUAUGUACAGUACAGACAGCAGACAUACAUCUGACUAUGAAGACACAGAUACAGAAGGUGGUGCUUAUACUGAUCAAGAACUGGAUGAAACUCUGAACGAUGAGGUUGGAACUCCUCCUGAAUCUGCUAUUACACGUUCUUCUGAACCCGUUAGGGAGGAUUCUUCUGGAAUGCAUCAUGAAACUCAAACUUACACUAGUUACGCAUCUCAAGCUCAGCCUCAGCCAAAUCUUAGAAUAGAUUCUUCAGGAUUUAAAACAACUGCUUCUCAGCCGAAAGCAGAAGCAUCACCUGCAGUCCCUUACCUUUCCCCGUCGCCUGAAUCAAACCCAGCAACCUCAUCAACCUCUGCAGUAAAUGCUAAUGUAAACCUAACUAAUGUCAGACUAGAGGAGCCUACUGCUGCUCCUUACAACUCUUAUCAACCACAAGCGGGCCCCUUAAGAACAUCAAGUACUGAGGGAGCUCAUGUAGUGCUAAGAGAUCAAGAGCCAUCAUCCUUACCGCCGCAUAUAGAUCCAGCAAAGGUAUACAGAAAGGAUCCAUAUAUUAGUGAAGAAGCAUCCAGACAAAGCUAUGUCUUAAAACAGCCAGCUGUUAAUCACCCAGUACAAAGACAGGAAAGAGACCCAAAUCUGAUCUAUGAAUCUCAGACUCAGUAUGCAGAAAAACAACCAAGUAGGGAGUACGAGCAGUCAACAUACAGGUAUGAUUCUACAAACUAUGUAGAUCAAUUUUCUCGUGGGUAUGACCCUCGUCUACAUUAUGAAGAUCGUGCGCCUCCCUAUGAGGAGCACUGGUCAUAUUAUGAUGAAAAACAGCCCUACAAUCAACCAAGAACAGCUUAUGAAAGCCAGCCUCCUAGAGAUCUUGAUUCCAGACAAAAUACAGAAGAGAGCACAGAACGCAGCUAUUAUCCGGCACAACCCCGAUUUGAGGAACCUCCUCCGAUGAGCUACGAUGGCAGACCUCGCUAUGAGCAUGCACCCAAAAACUUCAGCUUGCCACAAGUGCGGUAUGAAGAUCAACAUCCUGUUGGCUAUGACACACAUGCGCAUGGUAGAUAUAAACAAGAAGCUCAGCCAUACCAGUCAGCCAUAUCUCGAUCUCCUGAACCCAAGCAGUACUUUGAUCCACAUGUGAGGGGCUAUGAGCAAGGUCCUCCUCAAGCUUACAAUGCAAAAGCUGGACAGUUUGAGCCUUCUCAUAGCACUUCAGGUGUUUCUCUUCCUCCUCCCGCUUCUUCACAAACAAAACCAGAAGUUUUGCCUUCCAACAGUAAACCACUGCCUACACCACCAUCUCUAGCAGAAGAAGAGGAGGAUCCAGCCAUGAAACCACAGUCUGUGCGAAGUAGAGUUAAGAUAUUUGAACGAAGAAGAUCGCCAUCUCUGGAAAAAAUGAAGGACCCCAGUGACACGUCAGUUGUCAAACCUCCAGAGCUAGCACCGAAGCCUACGCUCCCAGCCAUGAGUGGUCCAAAACCAACUUCUCAAAGCCAGUAUGAACAUGAUAAAACAACUUACAGGGCCCCAGAACCACAGAGACCUCAAGUGAAGCCACCUGAAGAUAUCGUGCGUUCAAAUCAUUAUGAUCCCGAAGAAGAUGAAGAGUAUUACAGAAAGCAGCUCUCAUACUUUGAUCGCAGGAAUUUUGAAAAUAAGCCUUCUGCACAGGUUCCUGCCAGCCAUCAUUCUGACUCCACUAAACCAAUACAUUCACAAAAUCAGCUGAAUUUCUCCAAUUAUUCUAAGGGGAAGCCAACUGAUGCUGAACCAAUGGAUAGAUCUGUUGGUGACAAGCGCUAUGAGCCAAUCCCUCAAGUUACAACUCCUCCUCCUGCUCCUUCAGUACAGUAUACACAACCUCAGUCAAUUAAUAGUCCUGUCCUGUCUCUCCCAGCGCAUCACAAGCCUGCACUUUCUGAAGUUAACUCUGUGUCUGACCCUCCUCCACCUCAGAAUAAGCCAGCAAUUUUCAGAUCCUCUAGAGAGGACACUGUGCAGUCUACUUUUUAUCCUCAGAAAAGCUUCCCUGACAAAGGUCCUGUUAAUGGAACUGAACAGGUUCAGAAAACAGUCACUCCUUCUUACAACCGUUUUACAACAAAACCUUACACUAGUGCUGCGAGGCCCUUUGAGCGCAAGUUUGAAAGUCCUAAAUUCAACCAUAAUCUCUUGCCAAAUGAAGCUCAACAUAAACCAGAGUUGCCAUCAAAAUCUCCAAAUUCUCCUCAACCAAUUUUGAAAGCACACAGCUCAUCACAGCCUCCUGAGUUUGACAGUGGAAUGGACACCUUCACUGUACAGGUUGACAAGCCUAAAUAUCAACCAAAUAAUGUAAAUGCUGUGCCUAAAGCCAUUCCUGUAAGCCCUUCAGCACUAGAGGAUGAGGAGGAAGAAGACGGACACACUGUUGUAGCCACAGCAAGAGGUGUAUUCAACAGCAAUGGUGGCGUAUUGAGCUCCAUAGAGACUGGAGUUAGUAUUAUUAUACCACAAGGAGCCAUUCCAGAGGGAAUAGAGCAAGAAAUAUAUUUUAAAGUCUGCAGAGACAACAGUAUACUUCCACCUUUGGACAAAGAGAAAGGUGAAACACUUCUUAGCCCCUUGGUAAUGUGUGGGCCUCACGGACUAAAAUUCCUGAAGCCAGUGGAGCUGCGCCUGCCACACUGUGCGUCUAUGACCCCUGAUGGUUGGUCUUUUGCUCUAAAAUCCUCUGACUCCUCGUCGGGUGACCCCAAAACCUGGCAGAACAAGUCUCUUCCUGGAGAUCCAAACUAUCUUGUUGGAGCAAACUGUGUCUCAGUCCUAAUUGACCACUUCUAAAUAUUAAGUUAGCUGACUCAAGUAAAUAAUGUGAAACUGAGAUGGACCUUACAUAUAAACUGAACCACUCUAUCAAGUAUUAACUGUUCUAUAAGUGAUAACGGAUCUUAGUGUUUAAGCAUCUUGCUUUAACUAACAAUGGUUUAGCAAGUACACUCUUUGAACCAUGGUCACAAUACAUGCCACAAGCAGGGAGUGUACUGUGGGAACAAGGUAGGAUUCUUGCAGGUUCUGUAUGCUUUGGUUUGUUGGUUGUUAUUUUGUGUUAAUUUUUUGUUGUUGUUUUCAAGGACACUACUAGUAUUUCAUUGUUUAAAAACUGAAAGUACCAAUGGGAUUAUAUUCAGAGGAACUGAAUUUGGUUCAUGCUCACUGGCAAAAACACAGAAUUUGGCCUACAUUUUUAAUACUAUGUAUUUUCUAAUUCACAAGGCUACAUUUUGGUCUCUGGUUUUUAAAUGACUUUCAGUGUAUGUGUCCAAUGAAAUGGCAAUCAACUUUGGGUAGCACAGUUUAGAUGUUUUCCUCUGCUGAGAGGCUAAUACAAACACAUCUACUUACUCUAUGUGGAAACAUUGUCAUGAGAACAGGGGGGAGGGGGAAAAGCAUGUGGGAUGACUAUGGUUCAGUUGCCUCUGUGGAUUUGUAAAUUAACCACGUUAUUACAAACCUAUUAACCAGCAGGGAUGCCUUACCCUCAUGUUUUUAAUAGUCUUAGCUCUCAUAGUUCUCUGUAUUAAGUUUGUAUGGCUUUUGUGCUUACCUAGAUAAUAUAUCAUGAGAGACUGGAGAGAGAGGAACAAAAAAAAAAAAAAUUGUGAAUUUGGUUUAGAGAAUGAGUACUGUUUGUGUUCAUCAGCCAGAAGAGAACCAGAGGAAAAUGAUGGUAUGUUUUCUGCUAUGCAUUUGAAAAUUUAUAGAUGUUAUAGAACGCUUGUAUAUAAUGCGUGCAUACCACUUUUGUUCUUGGUUUGUAAAUUAACUUUUAUAAGCUUUACCUUUUUAUAUAUAUAAAUAUAUAUAAAAACAAACAAAGUUUCUUAAGGAUAUCUUUGUAUUCUCAUACCUUUUGAGCCUUGAACUUUGACAUCUGCAGCAAUAAAGCAGCAUUUCUACAAUAUACAAACAAGGACAUUUUUUAAAAAAUGCACAGUUGUUACCUUUUUAAGUGCUGCAUUUAAAGAGUAUAAGUCGGAAUUCUCUACUUUGAUUAAAAUCUUGAAAAGUAUCCCUACUGUAAUUUGUCAUAAGGAUGCUGUACUAUGUGCCCUGAAAUGUAUUUUUUUACUAAUAGACAAUUUAUUACGGCACAUCGGCACUACUACUGUUUAGAUAAUAUACCACUGCAUUCUGUUAAUGAGUUAUUAGCUAUUCAGGUGUGGCUGAUUUUUUUCUCUGCAGUUAUUAAAAUUACACAUUUCUAAAUAUACAGAAUAAAACUGUUUUUAAAAUAAUAAAGGAGAUUCUAGUA